AUGGCAGUAAGUAACGUUCGCGGUUUCCAGCGCGCAAUUGGAAUGUUGGAGACGCUCGCAUUGCAAGUUGUGAGCCAGCCCUUUGAAGUGCUGCAGGCGGUGGCGAACGCAGAUCUGAAGCGGCUGGCGCGGCUGGCGUCGGUAAUGGACAAUUGCACGACGUCGCUGGCCGUGCUGUGUAAAAAGUGUCGCUUCGCCAAACGCUUCCUCUUCCCGCAGCCGUUUCAUGUGGCCAUUCUUGCAAGCUACGUUGUAUGCUUUCAGUUUUUUUCAGCUCAGGCUAAGCAGCCAGCCAAAUGUCCCAGAUGCAUGCCGCGUGUGACUGUGGCCAACAUGCCCUGCUGCGCAACGCGCAGGCACACCGCGGCCUUUCGCCGAGAAAAUUACAUACACUUUUACAGGCGCAUUUUAAGAAUCGCACGCGCGCAUCCGCGCGGUAAAAUUCGCGCCUGUCUUUGUGGGCGUCUUGUACGGAUGUUUUAUUCGGCACAGUACGACCGGACACAUUUGUGCGAAGGGGCUGCUUAA